AUGACUGUUACCACGCUACCGUACAUGAAAACGAACCCCAAGCUCAUAUUCUUCACCGAUUUUGAUGGAACGAUCACCCUCGAAGACAGCAAUGAUGCUAUGAUCGAUAACCUUGGCUACGGGCGCGCAAAGCGCCGUCAAGGCAAUGAGGCCGUCCUUGAGGGCACCAUGAGCUUCCGUGACGCUUUUCGCGACAUGUUGGACAGCAUCAAGACCCCAUACAACGAGUGCAUCGAGUACCUCAAGAAGAACAUGAAGCUGGAUCCCUACUUUGUGGAAUUCUACAAAUGGUCCAAGGAGAACAACGUCCCGAUCGUGGUGUUGUCUUCCGGCAUGAUUCCAGUCAUCAGCGCCCUCUUCGAGACGCUUUUGGGCGGCGAGCCGGACGACCACCUCUACAUCGUUGCCAACCAGGUUGAGAGCCGUGAUGGCAAGGACAUCAACUCCGAGGGUGGCUGGCAGAUCAAGUACCAUGACGAUAGCCACUUCGGCCACGACAAGUCCCUGGAAAUCAAGCCCUAUGCCGCACUGCCGGACGGUGUGCGCCCGACCUUGUUGUACGCAGGAGAUGGCGUGUCCGAUUUGUCAGCCGCUGCAGAGACUGAUCUUCUGUUUGCCAAAAAGGGCAAGGAUUUGGUGACAUUCUGCGAGCGCGAGAAGAUUCCGUUCACGCUAUUUGAGAGCUGGGAGUCGAUUCUCGCUACCACCAAGAACAUCCUGGGUGGAAAUGUUUCAGUUAAGGAGGUUGCUCAAGAUGGACUGACUGCGGUCCACGAGGGAGCCAACAAGAACUGA